UCUGACGUCGCACAGUAAUAUGUCAAAAAUAAAAAUCUACAUUCGAGGAAGUCAGAAGGGUACUGUAGCUAAAGCUAGAAGAGUGGAAUAAGACAAAUAUUGUCGUUUGUCGAAAAUAACCUCUAUCGAAAACCCCUGAAGACCACUGCAAUGGCCGAGGAAAACAUCUUCCUUUUCGUUCCGAAUUUGAUCGGCUAUGCCCGCAUCGUGCUGGCUCUGCUUGCCUUCUACCUGAUGCCAUGCUGUCCCGUACCAGCUGUGUUCUUCUACCUGCUCAGUGCCCUCCUGGAUGCCUUUGAUGGGCACGCCGCCCGCGCCCUCAACCAAGGCACUAAGUUUGGUGCGAUGCUGGACAUGUUGACAGACCGCUGUGCCACCAUGUGUCUCCUGGUCAACCUAGCUCUGCUUUACCCCUCCUACACCUUCCUCUUCCAGAUCAGCAUGAGCCUGGACAUCGCCAGCCACUGGCUGCACCUGCACAGCUCAAUGAUGAAGGGAUCCACCAGCCACAAGGCCAUUGAUCUAUCUGGAAACCCCAUUCUUCGCCUCUACUACACUUCCCGGCCGGUGCUGUUUGUCAUGUGUAUGGGGAACGAGCUCUUCUUCUGCCUGCUCUACGUCUCCUACUACAUUGAGGAACCCCAUGUGUGGCUGCAGUGGCUGCUUGGUGUCUGUGCCGUGGUGUGUGUGCUGAAGUCUGCCAUCAGCGUUCUGCACCUGAUCACCGCCUCCAGGAACAUGGCUGCCAUCGACGUGUCCGACCGCGAGAGGGAGAGGAGCAAGGCCGAGUGAGAGAAGGAGAGGGGUGGGGGGCGCUCUUAAUCCCUUGGUACGUGUGUAGAUCUGAGAGGAUGGGUGUAACGAUUUGGGAACCAAUCCACCUUGUCCUCUGAUAGGCUAGGUCCGGCUUUUUUCCCUACGUUUUACACCGACCCGAUCCUCUCGGAUCUACUUGAAUGCCUAGGGGCUAGAGGUCGAGUUAGGAUAAGGCAAAGAAGAGGGGGAGAGAGAGGGAGGGUGUAGGAGGCUGUAGAUGGGUGCUUCUCAAUAGUCUAAAGUGGCUUCCUUUCCUCAUUUCCUUUCCUUCCAUCUGCACUGAUCUGAAAACGAGAGAUUGGUGAAAAUAGUAUGGCGGAUGCCUACUAGUCAAUACUGCUUACCCAUCCAGUUAUUUCACAUCAGACGAGAGAAAGGAUUGGAGAUGAGGAGAGGAAGCCACUAGACUAUUGAGAUGCACCCUGUGUCCCAAAAAUCUCAAAUAACCCACUUUUCUUAGUCGCCGCUUGAGCACUGAUAGGAAAGGACGUGAAAUCAUUGGGGGGAAAAAAACGUUAGUGAUAUCGAAGGGAAGGAUACAAGAAAAUGAGGAUAUUUGAGAGGAUUGGGAAACAGACAGAAAGCAGAGACAGAGUUGCUGUGUUUGUUGAAUAUAGUUGAAGUGUGAGAACAAAUAUUAUUGUGUGACGUAGCAAAGAUGGAGGUUAAGCUUAGUCAGGGGACCUUUUUAAAAACCAAUCUGAUGAUUGUUAUUUAUUUUAGUUAGAAGAUUGUAACAACUUAAACCUUCCGUUAUUAAGCCUACUUGUAUAGUGUUAUAAGCCUGACAUAAUAACUGGUGUCAAAACUUGAAAAAGUCAACAGUAAUGCUAUAUUUUUGUAUGCUAGCAAAUCAUUGCAGGCUUUAAUAUUGUCUAGCCUAACUAGCCAACAUGAAUCACUUUUCACCCGACCUUAUUUAGUAGACUUCAUAACCAAGGGUUUGAGCGAUACGUGUUUAUCUUGAAAUACUCUUUUAAGUGGUAACGUCCAAGUCACUAUUAUUGCUGUUCCUAUUAAUAUUUCAAUUCCUAUGGUUGUUUUUAUUAUUAUCUGUCGCCGUCAUCAGUAAUGAUUUGAAAUAGUUGCACUAGAGAUGUCGUUCACCAUCAGUUCACUUGUUAUCUUGACAAUUGAGUCUUUACAGCUUUACUUUUGUUCCCAUUAUUUCUUAUUUUUUUUACUGUGGUAAUCAAAUCAAAUCAAAUUGUAUUUUUCACGUGGACCAAAUACAACCGGUGUAGAGCUUACCGUGAAAUGCUUACUUACGGGGUAGACAUUGCCCCGGCCACAGAUCUAGGAUCAGAUUACCCAACCACAACUCUUAACCUUGACCAUCAGGAGGAUAGCAUAUCUGACCCUGAACCAGUGCUUAGUUGCAACUUGUACCAACUGGUAAUGGUAGGGGUGCAACUUUCACUGGGGACAUGUCCUCCCCCACAUUCUGAAAUUUCAUUUUUGUCGCCCCCAGGUUUAUCAUUGGAAUGUGAUUCUAAAACGAGGCAAUGGUGUGCUUUAGGACCAUGCGGACGCCUCCGAGCGGUCGGGUAGGCUGUUUGGAGUGUUUAUCCGACUGGAUUAAAAAAUAUAUAUAAUAAUUGUCCCCCCCACUUCUAAAACCAAAGUUGCGCCCCUGGGUAGUGGUGACUGUAGAGGUGGUGUUGGACCUUUACGUUGCAGUGAUGAUUGGAUGGGGAAGACGCACACACUUUCUUAGACGUGUGCGCACACUUUUUUUGCAGACACGUAUACACACACACACCCACGCGCUUGCCACACACAUACUCACACACUUGCUUACAGACAUGCAUUCAUCUAUAUUGGGCACAUUCCUGAGCUCAAGUGAAGAUCACCUGAGUAUUAUGUUUUGAGUGUUAUUAUAAAUAUUAUUCGACGAGCUUUUCUAUCAUCACUAUGUGACCGUGUGUACUAUAUAUACUGUGGCUGAUCUGUUUUAUUGUCAACCAUUAGAAACUGUGUUUGGAGUGUGGCGACGAUGCUAUCAGCCAGAUGGCGUCAAAGAUCUCUAGUUCAUUUGAGUUCAACAAGACGUCUGGGAGAAUGUGCUGUAUACUUUGGAUCAUUGUGAAGGUGAGAGGGAGGAGCAAAAAAAAAAACAAGCCAUGUGAGAUCUAUGAUAAUAUCUGAAACUGCAUUGUGGGUGUCAGUGUAAGAAAGGUGUUUUAGGUUUUAUUUCCAUGCCGUGCCUCCGGCUUGCAGAUAUUGUGGAGAAUGUCUUUGUCAACGGCAAUAGAUGAAAAGGUAAUAAAAGACAACUUUGAACCUA